GAAUUCCCAAAACGCCCAUCAGCAGGGCUGUGAAAGUGAAAGUGAAAGUCCAUCCAGUAGUUUUCCAUCUGUUUUCUGUGCUGCCUGAAUCACUGCAGUCGUCUUAACCAGGCUUAGACUCCGCUUCAGAAUGACUCGAGUGUUUCCAGACACUGUCAGAGCCUUUGUUGUGAUCUGCGGGAAAACGCUGAAUUCCCACAAAGCCUUUCUGCAUCAUCUCUCGCAUCCGUCUCACUUCCGUGAAGUGACCUCCGUGGACGACAGCGAUGUCAUCAUUGCUUUUGCCCCAGUUGUGUCUCGAGCUGGAACUGACAUUGAAGCAGCUCUUCAGAAGAUUCAAGCAAUCUCAGCUACCCAGCGUGUUGUUCUAGUGGUGCUCCACCACACAACUGAGCGGGAUCCAGUCGUCCCGAACAGCAGCCGGAGUGUAAACAGGAGCGAUGUGUUCACUGUGGACUGCCUGUUUAAUGAAGACCGAGGGCUGCUGAGCUGUCAGCACAACGACCAGGCACUGAAAGCAGUGAAAGAGCAUCUGGGAUUAGUGGAUUCAUAUACAGGGGAUUGCUGUGUGUCCUAUUUCAAUCCUACCAAGUAUCCUGGAGAAACAUCACCAUCUCCUGGUCAACACUUGAACAGUAGCAGGAAUGAUGCUCCUUCUGUGUGGCUGCGACUGUGGCUGUGUCUUACGCAGAGGCCUUGGAAAGUACUUUUAUGGAUAUUUGUCUCGCUGAGCAUCAUCCUGAUUUACUGCCUCACCACUGCAGAGUACAUUCACGCCGUCUGGUUUAUUCCCUGGAUGCUUCUUCUCCUGGUGGUUCUCCUGGAGAGGCGUGGCUAUGGAAAGUGGACUCCCCUGAUUAUUAUUAUUGUGAACAUGAUAGUGAUUCUACUCUCCCUCACUGUCACUAAGAACUAAAAAAAGCCAAGGUCCCCCACCUUUAAACCAGUCUAGUGUUUAAAAGAAAUAAACAGACAGUAUUGCUUUGCUUGCUGACCUCAUAUAACCCAGUGAUAAAAACAUCAUGCACUGCCAGAAAUAAAGGUUCUGUUCAGGUACAUUUCUCGUUCAUCGAGGUACAAACAGUGCAAAUGUUUCCUCAAAGGUUCAACAGUGGU